UUCCCGGGUUUUUUCAGCGUCAGAGCGCGCGGCCUGUGCGCUGAUCCCUGCUGUUUCCCGCCCUCCAGGUGCCGACCUCCCAGCAUGCAACACUACGGGGUGAACGGCUACUCCCUGCACGCCAUGAACUCCCUGAGCGCCAUGUACAACCUGCACCAGCAGGCCCAGCACGCGCAGCACGCGCCCGACUACCGGCCCUCGGUGCACGCGCUCACGCUGGCCGAGCGACUAGCUGACAUCAUCCUGGAGGCCCGCUACGGCUCCCAGCACCGCAAGCAGCGCCGCAGCCGCACCGCCUUCACCGCGCAGCAGCUCGAGGCGCUGGAGAAGACCUUCCAGAAGACCCACUACCCGGAUGUGGUGAUGAGGGAGCGGCUGGCCAUGUGCACCAACCUGCCCGAGGCGCGCGUGCAGGUUUGGUUUAAAAACCGAAGAGCAAAGUUCCGUAAGAAGCAGCGCAGCCUCCAGAAGGAGCAGCUUCAGAAGCAGAAGGAGGCAUCAGGAGAAGGAGGGAGUGAGAAGGAGGGCACCGUCCUUCCUGACGCCCUGCUCCCUCCUUCGUCCUCCUCCGUGGAGACGGAGUGUCUGGCGGUCCGUCCCGUACCUGUGGACAUGGAGCUGAACGUGACCUCGGCAGAACAUUCUGGCAGCGACUCGGCAACAGAGGACAACGUGACCGAUAAGGAGGACGAGAGCAAAUGUAGCAGGGAGGAGAUGGAGCGAGCGCUGCUGACGCCUGGAGACACGUCCCCAGCCCCACCCUGCAGAAGACUCAGCCCCAAACCAGAUUCUCCCUUGGUUUCUCCCUCCGGGACGCCCUCGUCCUCCAGCAGCAGCAGCCUGACCACCGGCCCCCUCUCACAGAGCCACUCCUACUCCUCCUCUCCUCUCAGCCUGUUUCGUCUGCAGGAACAGUUCCGCCAACACAUGGCGGCCACCAACAGCCUGGUGCCCUACCCAGCGUUUGACCUCACCGCCCCGUCUUCCCUGCCCUACCUGGGGAUGAAUGUYAACAUGCCCCCCGCUCCGCUGGGCUCUCUGCCUUGCCAGUCCUACUACCAGUCGCUGUCCCACCAUGCCCAGCAGGUGUGGAGCAGCCCGCUGCUGCAGGCGUCUGCUGCAGGGGGGCUCGCCAGUCCCAACAGCAAGACCACCAGCAUYGAAAACCUGCGUCUGAGGGCCAAGCAGCACGCCGCCUCUCUGGGACUGGACACACUGUCUAACUGAGGYUUUGGGGAUGGGGGGUGUAAAUUCAACCUGCACAUCAACACACAUCCUGUACUGAUCCAGAUCUUCAGCAGACACUCACCUGUGGCUCUGUUAGGUUCACCUGUUCAGCCAACCCGUUCUCACUCCCAGGUCGUCACAUAUUGACGCUCUUCCAAGGUUCCCUCUGCGUCCGAUUUUGACGCAUCAGGUACCCCCCUCGCAUCAUUUUUUAACGAGAUGGGGCAGGAUCUGUUGUCAUAAUUUCWGAAAGUGUAGAAAAUGCACAAAAACUACCGUCCCAAAGCCUAAAAUUACCUUUAU